CUCGGCCACUCCGAGGGCGCCACACAGGCCACUCUAGCCGCCGUCCCGGGGUUUGGCCGCGCUCUUUCGGCUGCGAGCUCUAUGGUGUUGGCGACGACAUGUGGCGGCUCCCGGGACUCCUGGGCCGAGCUCUUCCCCGUCUGCUGGGACCUGGCCUCCGUGGGGUGACCUCCAAGUCCACCAGUCCAGAUGGACCUCAGGCUACCUCCUCCAACCUGCUGGUCCCUGUGCCCAGUUUCAACAGGUCUGGCCACCAUGGCCCAGGCACAAGCAGGGGCCCAAGGUCCCAUGGAUGGAAGGAUGCCUUCCAGUGGAUGUCUGCCCGUGACUCCCGGAACACAUUGUGGGAUGCCAUAUCAUGGGGCACCCUGGCCGUGCUGGCCCUGCAGCUGGCAAGGCAGAUCCACUUCCAGGCGUCCCUGCCAGUAGGACCUUGGCGAGCGGAGCGCUGCUUUUGGCGCAGUCCUCUGGACCGUUUCCUCUCAUCUCCCUUGAGGCACCCGCGCUCCUCACUGCGGAGACACAUUCUGCCCAGCCCUGAUAGCCCGGCUCCCAGGCACACUGGCCUCAGGGAACUCAGGCUGGGCCAGGAAGAACCCUCCACUCGGCCCGAGAGCCUCUCUUCACCCAGUUCCUUGAGAGCAGCUGGUCUUCAGGGUGCCUCUGAGGAAGAUCCCAGUGACGCCGGCUUCCUGCAUGCCAGCAGUAGCUUCAAGUCCAAGACGAAGCCAGCCCAACCUCAGCCCGCUGGCGAAAAGCAGGAACAAGAUAAAUCAAAAAGUCUUUCCCUCGAGGAGGCCAUGACUUCCAUUCAGCAGCUCUUCCAGCUCAGUGUUUCCAUCGCUUUCAACUUCCUGGGAACAGAGAACAUGAGGGAUGGAGACUACAUGGCAGCCUUCUCUUGCUUCCAGAAAGCAGCAGACCGUGGCUACAGCAAAGCGCAGUACAAUGUGGGCUUGUGUCACGAGCACGGCAGAGGCACCCCCAGGGACCUCGGCAAGGCAGCCUCUUAUUACCAGCUGGCUGCCAGCCAGGGCCACAACCUGGCUCAGUACCGCUAUGCCAGGUGCCUGCUGCAAGAUCCAGCCUCCUCGUGGGACCCUGAGCAGCAGAGGGCAGUGUCCAUGCUGAAGCAGGCUGCAGACUCAGGCUUGAGAGAGGCCCAGGCUUUCCUCGGGGUGCUCUUCACCAAGGAGGCAUACCUGGACGAGCAGAGAGCCGUGAAAUAUCUUUGGCUUGCAGCCAACAAUGGGGACUCACAGAGCAGGUACCACUUGGGAAUUUGCUAUGAGAAGGGCCUUGGUGUGCAGAGGAAUCUGGGAGAGGCUGUGAGAUGCUACCAGCAGUCAGCAGCUCUGGGGAAUGCGCCCGCCCAGGAGAGGCUGCGGACCCUCUUUUCCAUGGAGGCAGCAGACCUUCACACUUCACUCAGCCCUAAAGAUGGAGCCUGCGAGUUCUCAGAGAGAUACCACAACUUGAAUCCCAGAGAAGAGGCCAGAUAUUCACCCGCCUUCCCAAAGAACCUUAAGUACCUGCCCAGCACGGUAAAGAAGAAGAAAGUGUGUAAAGAUCCAGGUUCUGGCCACAUCACCUUGAAGCAGUGGCCUGACUUGCUGUGUUGUUUCCUCAAUUGUAGACCAAGGGCAGCGGUGUCUGCCCUCCUACCCUCCAGGGCUGACAUAGGGCAUUUCACUAUGGAAAGGACGUUGGUGCUCACUUAGGCCUGAGGAGGCAGAGUGAUGCCCAUGGUUACAUGGCUUUAUGAGUCACCAGGCCAGGACAAGGACCCCAGCCUCCUCACUCCUGACCCAGGGCUCUUUUGCACAGUUCUCACUGUAAUUUUAGGUGAAAGCAUUACUAUCGUCCUGCCGAUAUGGGGUGGGGGUAAAUGGCAAUUGGGCCCUUGGAGUCUUGGAGCAGGAGAGUGUAGAUUUUGAGAUCCUCUUUUGUGAAAGGUUUGUGCCAGAAAUGGAUGGGAGUUUAAUAAAACAGAUACUGGAUUAUCUCA